UUUGUGUUAAUGUCAGAAGAAGGUGUGCAAAUCUUUCCCGAUUAAAUAAUCGCACAGGCUAUCCAAUGCACGGAAGACCGAAUCGCAUUCAGCGUGCGCAAAUCACGGCUGGUAUGCCGGUCUCAUCGGAGUGUCUCCAGGGCGGGGUCAGGGAGUGGACGGGGUCAAAGGUGGUUUGCUUCCAGGUUGAGGGCUGGGCUGUGAAGGACCUCUGGCACACAGAGCGGAGUCAAGAGACCAGCGUUUUGGGGGAGAGACGGCCACCCCUACGCGACACCCGCUAACACUCGCUGCUCCUCCACGCCACUCCCGCCAUCGCCAUCGCCAUCGCCACGAUGCCGGCCGAGGACCCCGGGGAUGCCCCCACCCAGACCUGUGAGAAUGGCAUCAACAUGGGCUUAUUCCUGCACUGCUCGCUCAUUCCUGCUCUGACCAUCAUGGGGGCGCUGUCCUUCCUGCAGCGGAGGGGGAGGCGCUGGGCUGUGGACCAGAGGCUGCCCGGCCUAAACGGUCGCUUCGGCGUGGUGGUCCCCCUGGAUGUCCUCGGCAGCCUCAGGAACAGGUGGUCGUACGGUUUUGCCUUCGGGGCUGUGUCCUCCAGCGUGAUGCUGCUCUUCUCUCGAGAGUACAUGCCCUUCCCUUUGCCGCCUUGGGCCAAAGUGAUCGUGUACCUGGCGGGGGCCCUGGAGGUGGGCAUAGCCUACUAUCCCUUCUUUGCCUGUCUGUCUACUCCAUGCCGAUUGGUCGGCCCUACACUGGGAAUUCUCUACACCCUGACCUGGACAGUCGUGUCACUGUGGGACAUGGUGACCUGUCCAGCUGGCAGAGAGCUGGGAAAGUUCCAGAAGCCCAUCUUGCGGUGGCCAAGUGUUCUGUGCCUGAUCUUCCUCCUGGGCCGUUUCACCCACAUACUGGUCAAGGCUGUGCGCUCCAACCUGAGGCUGCAGAACGAUGAGGAUCUGGAUCUGAUGCUGCAGAAUCACCAGGCCAAAUAUGUGCAGGUUCUGCUGCGUGGUCGUCCCCCUCCGGAGCAGGACAGUGUCUCAAAAGGGGAGGUGAAGAACUGGUUCGAGAGGAACGUUUAUGAGUGGGAUCCCUACUUCAAGUUCCCCAACAGAAUGAUCGGCACGUCCAUCAUCUGUUUCAUAGGCUUGUACGCAAUGACCGUGGCGGACUACAGCCUGUGUGACUACGCGUUCGAUAAGCUCGACCGUCUCGUAGAUUCUCUGAGCACCCUGGCCGCUUCAUGCAACACAACAAACAACCAGUUCGCCGAGUUGGUCCCGCAGCUCAGAAAAUUCAGCCGGGUGGCCAGAGACGUCUGGUUUGUCACCACCAUCUUUGCCAGCCUAACCUCAGUCACAUACACAUUCCAUGUGUUGGUGUGCUACAGGAAGCAGCUAAAGAGGCUGUGGGCAGGACAGAAGAGCUUCAUUCCAGAGAAGUUCCACAGCCCCAGCUCUGCAGUCAGCGUGGCUGCUAUCACUAGGUACUCUGGUUGGCAGAUAGCCUACACUAUGUGGGGUUACCUCAUCGUCCACUUUGUGCAGUUUGUGCUGGGGCUGCUGGUGGCGUACGGCCUGGUGCUGCCCAUCCAGCAGGGCAGAGGGCUGGAAGUUCUCUCCAGCCUGGGGAUGGUAAUACUGACUUUGGGUAUGGUCAUAGGACUGGUGAUACUCCAGAUUGUACUGGUCCAGGUGUUCUUCCUCCAAGAGAAGAUUUCCCCCACUGAUAAGCAGAAACCUUUAGCACUAAACAACAGGAAGGCCUUCCACAACUUCACGUACUUCUUCUUCUUCUACAACGUGAUGGUGGGGCUGGGGAACUGCGUCAUACGGCUGGUGGCCAGCGGGGUGCUGGGCACGUGGCUGGUGUCGCGCAUCGACCGCACCAUCGUGCAACGCGGCUACGAGGUGCUGGACCCGGGGUACCGAACCUGGAUUGGCAUGAUCUUUGCUGACCAUCACCAUAGCAACCCUGUCAUGAUCUGCUUCUGCCAUCUCCUGUUGGCUGAAAGACAGGAGAGGGGAGGGGUAACGCCCUCUCAGUUCAACACUCCAACUGCGUGUGUGAGGGGUAUGAGGAUUCGGCAGCGCUGGCUCCUGCUCUACACCCUGCUGCGGAACCCCCAGCUGAUCCUGCUGCGGAAAUCCUGCCCCCCAUCCCGCCUCUCAUCCCCCCAGGCCAGCCCAAACACCCCGGCCCGGGACACGCUGAGGGUGGGAUUCGCACUGGGGCUCCGCAACAGCUGGUCAGGAGCGGAGGACGCAGCAGUCGACGAGGAAAAUGCAUGACCCCGCCCCCCACAAAACACAGCCUGGCCCACACUCCUUUCUGUGACAUCACUCUCCAUUCUGUGACAUUGCCCGCCAUGCUGUGACAUCACCUUCCAUUUUGUGACAUCACACUCCAUUCUGCGAUUUCACCCUCCAUUCUGUGACAUCACUGUCUAUUCUGGGACAUCACUCUCCUCUUUCUUAUCAUCACAGAGGGGGAGAGUGCGCUUCCUAUAAGUACAGGGAGCUGACAGAGCUCCUCAGUGUUGACUCACAUGAAUGUAUAUUAUCCUAUGAUAAUGUAUAUAUUAACCUUCUUGUUCACUUCUUCUAUUUGAUUAUAAGCCUGUUAUAUUGAGCAAACAGGAAUGUCUGCCUGGUCGAGUGUCAGUACGCUCAGUUACGGUGAUACUGUAAUCCACGGUGUUUGGCUUGUCUGAUCUGAGUUGCUGUAAAUGAAUGGAGUAACGGUGCAUGUUCUGCUUUAGCCCCUGCAGCCUGUGUCUCCCACUCCUGCGUCUUUCCCAGCAUUCCUGCUUUGUUACAGUGCUGAGGACAGGGUGACCAAUCAGAGCCAUGCAAUGCACCGUUCAUGAUGCCAGUUAUACGAGUAUGUACAGUAUGAUGCCAAAGUAUGAAAUCACCAUUAGCUUUUCCUGAUCUCCUUGGGACCCGAAGUGUGAAUUUAAUUUGAAUCAGAAUUAGUUACGUAAAAUAAUCCACAUUCCACUUGUAAUGUAAAUAGUGUGUACAGUGUAACCAACUGUAGUUCUGAGAGGAAAAUUUGUUUCAUGGCAAAAAACAAA